AUUUGCAUAGCUAUUUAAAAAAAAAUACAUUUCCCAGAAGGCAACGUGCCCAACGUUUUACAGUAGAGCUUCUAUGUAACAUUUUGCUGCUUUUCAAACUAAUAAGGGUAUAUUUAGGUUAUUAGCAUUAGCUUGCUUGGAUAUAGUAGAGUGUUAUUUUACUGACAGGCUACUUUGGUAAAGUUUUGAUUGAUAUUUUAUUUUUUUUACUCGAGAAUAACAAAACUCAUACAAUGUCUGCUGAUUUGUUAAGAGAGAGAAGAACCAUUAUAUGCAUCAGUAUUUAUAAGAAUGAGAGCUGAAUCCUGCUGUUGAAUGUGUAUAUAGUUGCUAUAUGCUGUUAGCUUCUGUUAGCAGAGAAUCAUGACAGCCGCGUGAAGCUAUAGCUACACCUUUGGUGGUCUGCUGGUAUAAAACCGUGUUUUUUACUGAUGGCAAAAGAAGAAUGCGUUUCUCUUUGGCACAACGCGAGGGAAACCUCUUCGGUCCGAAACCGCAAAGUGUCUCCCUCAGCAGAGCAGACCCAUCAAUCUGUAACCGCCCCAGUGUCCAAGAACAAGCAAGGAGAUCAAACCCCCUCCUCAAAUGGCUCACCUGCUGAUUUAUCAGCCAGAACAAGGGCUGAUUCUCCAAACAUACUACUGCUCAUCCUGGUAACAGGACUGUCUUUUGCUACUCGUCUUUAUAAGAUAACAGAUCCGCCUCAUGUGUGCUGGGACGAAACUCACUUUGGAAAGAUGGGGAGCUACUACAUCAACAGAACCUUUUUUUUCGAUGUGCAUCCUCCUCUUGGAAAGAUGCUGAUUGCUCUUGCUGGUUACAUGACUGGCUAUGAUGGCACCUUUCCUUUUGUGAAGCCAGGAGACAAAUAUGAACACCACAAUUACUGGGGGAUGAGAGGAUUCUGUGCUGUUUUGGGAUCCUUUUUGCCGGUCUUUGCCUUCCUUAUUGUGCAGGAACUGUCCCGCUCUCAAAAUGCUGCCGUCAUCGCAGCCACCUUGCUCCUAUUUGAUACGGGCUGCAUCACCAUCUCUCAGUACAUCCUGUUAGACCCCAUCCUCAUGUUCUUCAUCAUGGUAGCAGUUCUCAGUAUGGUCAAGUUCAACCAGCAGAGCUGCAGGCCUUUUACUGCUUCCUGGUGGCUGUGGCUCAUGCUGUGUGGUGCUGCUCUUGCUGGUGCUCUUGGGGUGAAGUUUGUGGGUCUGUUUGUCAUCCUCCUGGUGGGUCUAAACACAGUCGGAGACCUCUGGGGAGUUUUAGGCGACCUGAGUCUCUCACUGAUGGAUGUUGCAAAGCACUUCUUGGCCCGUGUUGUUGGGCUCAUCCUGCUUCCACUGUUGCUCUACGGGACAAUAUUUGCAGUUCACUUUGUCUUAUUGAAUAAAAGCGGACCAGGUGAUGGUUUCUUUAGUUCUGCCUUUCAGUCACGUCUCAUUGGGAACAAUCUGUACAACGCGUCCAUGCCAGAGUACCUGGCCUAUGGCUCCGUCAUUACUGUGAAAAAUCUGCGCAUUGCAGGAGGUUACCUGCACUCCCACUGGCAUUUAUACCCAGAGGGCGUUGGAGCGAAGCAGCAGCAGGUGACCGCUUACCUCCACAAGGAUUACAACAACAUGUGGUUGGUUCGAAAACCAGGAAAUGAGACUCCCUCUGAGACGCCUGACUUGGUUCGUCAUGGAGACCUUAUUCGCCUAGAACACAAAGAAACAACCCGUAACCUCCACAGUCACCUUCAUCAAGCACCGCUGACCAAGAAGCACUUCCAGGUUACAGGCUAUGGAGUAAAUGGAAUGGGGGACGCCAACGAUCUGUGGAAGGUGGAGGUUUGCGGAGGUCGGAAGGGUGACUUGGUGAAAGUUCUGCGCAGCAAAGUUCGCUUUCUCCACAAGGCCACAGGAUGUGUGCUGUACUCCUCUGGCAAGACUCUUCCGAAGUGGGGCUGGGAGCAGGUGGAGGUGACCUGCAGUCCUUACCUGAAGGAGACUCCCAGCUCCCAGUGGAACAUUGAGGAUCACAUCAAUCCCAGAUUGCCAAACAUUAGUAUUUCUCUACUAAAGCCUAAUUUCCUGGAAAUCUUGCUGGAAUCUCAUAUAGUCAUGAUAAGGGGUAAUAGCGGCUUAAAACCUAAAGACAAUGAAAUGAACUCCAAACCUUGGCACUGGCCUAUCAACUACCAGGGAUUGCGGUUUUCAGGUGUUAAUGAGACAGAAAAUCGCAUUUACCUGCUUGGAAACCCUGUUGUCUGGUGGAUAAACCUGGCCAGUUUAGGCUUGUAUCUCAUCAUGGUGGCAGUGGCAUCUGUAGCCAUUCAAAGAGGAAUCCCCCUGCAGCAGAAGAGAAUGGAGCAUUCGGAUGUGCUAAGGGGAGGAGGGGGACUUCUGUUUCUUGGCUGGCUGCUGCACUACAUCCCAUUCUACGUCAUGGGCCGUGUCCUCUACUAUCAUCACUACUUUCCUGCGAUGCUCUUCAGUACUAUGCUAACAGGAGUUACAUUAGAUAUUUUGCUGAGAAGUGCUGAUCUACUGCUAUGCCAGCCUUAUUCUGAUUGGCUGCAGAAAGGAGGGCAGAUGGGACUUUUAUUUACUGUUCUCUACAGUUUCCACCUGUUUCAUCCGCUGUCCUAUGGCAUGACUGGUCCUCUUGCACACCAGCCAGGCAGCGCUAUGGCUGGUCUUAAGUGGAUGGACUCCUGGGAGUUUUAGUCAUUUCUUUAAGAUCUUGGAACUAAUGUUGUACAGUGCAGUUCAAAAGUUUAGAUAAUUCAUCAUGGGCAUGAACGUCAUAUAGAUAGAUUUGAAUUGUUCUUUUUUUUUCUUGUUGGAAAAGCUCAUAAUACAAUGAGUUGGACUCAUCAUUUUAAAUUGUAUAUAUACUUAAAGAUAUGCAUUUAAACUCCACCAUUAUUUGGUAAAGCUCUUUCCAAAUGGGAGAAACUAUGGAUAGGCUUCUGGCAAAAACCCAGCUGGAUCUUUAACAGCUCUUUAUAAAAGGUCAUUUAAAGUAGUUUGUUAUCCAGGUCAUGUAUUUUGUAGAUCUUCAAUAACAACGAAGGUUGGCGUCAUUUGAAAUGCUCCAGUUUUAAGAGUUAUGCCUCAAAUGCUGGAUUUUAACCCAAUAAAGCUAACCAGGUUACUAACUAAGCCAAGAAUAUUCAGCUAGACUUAUACUAGGAGCUUUUGAUGGCUUCAAGAAAGCUAACUUUAACCAAAUACUUUAUAUAUGUGCAUCCACUGCUAAAAGAACAAUUCAAAUGGGUCAGAAAAUGCCUAUACUGAUAUGAAAUUAAUGCAUAUCAUGAGUUUAUUUAAACUUCUGAACUGAACUGUGAAUUUGCUGCUUUUUUAAAUGUUAAAACAAGUAUUUUCUUACAGUUUGGACUAAAACCAUACCUGUCCUAGUAUUUGUGUCACAUUAUUUCCUCACCUGACUUAUUCAUCAACAAAAAGCCCCGACCCACACUACAGCUUCCAUAAGGUGGUUUAAAACUUCAUAUGCAUUAAAUGUUUUUGUUUUGUUUCCCCAUUUACCUGAUCUUGGAUUUGGCACAUUGCUGGUUAGUGCUGUCAAACAGACUGUUUACCUUGUAGUGUAACAAAUAAACAGGUGUAUUCUCUUAUCUGAUUUU